CAAUAAUAAUAAUAACAGCAUCAUCUCCAAUCCUCUUUCGGUUUGUUUUUAAUCUAAAAUUCGUGUAUACAGUUGCUUCUGUAUCUAUCUAUCUAUCUAUCUAUCUAUUAAAAUUAAUAAACUAGGGUUUUCACAAAAUAAUUAUUAAUAAUAAUGGGUGUAGAAGGUGAGUCAACUCAAACCACCACCGUUGACGGUGGCGAUAAUAAUACAGAGAUCAAUCUCAAUAUCCGAUGCUCUAACGGCAAUAAGUUCGCCGUCCGUGCAUCGCUCCGAUCAACCGUCGUCGAUUUCAAAGAUCUGUUGGCUCAAAAAUGCGAUGUUCCGGCCAAUCAACAACGAUUGAUUUAUAAAGGAAGGAUUUUGAAAGAUGAUCAAACCUUAGACAGUUAUGGUUUGCAGGCAGAUCACACAAUUCAUAUGGUGCGCGGUUCUGCUCCAGCACCAGCUACAAGUGCACCUGCUGGGACUGCUAAUACUCCCCCGGUUGGUUCUCAAGGUGCGGGUGCUAAUGAAGGUCUCGGGUUGGGAGGUGCUGCAGCUGGUGCACCCUUAUUUCCUGGACUUGGUUUGGGUGGACUUGGGGGUGCUGGUGGACCGAACUUAUUUGGGGCUGGACUUCCUGAAUUUGAACAAGUCCAGCAGCAGCUAACUCAGAAUCCAAAUAUGAUGAGAGAUAUGAUGAACACACCAGCAAUUCAAAGUAUACUGAAUAACCCUGAAAUCAUGCGUAGCAUGAUUAUGAGCAAUCCUCAGAUGCGUGAUAUCAUUGACCGUAACCCUGAACUGGCUCAUAUUCUCAAUGACCCUGCCAUCCUUAGGCAGACACUAGAAGCAGCCCGGAAUCCUGAGCUUAUGCGUGAGAUGAUGAGAAACACUGACCGAGCAAUGAGCAAUAUUGAAUCUUCUCCUGAGGGUUUUAACAUGCUUAGACGCAUGUAUGAGAAUGUUCAAGAACCCUUUUUGAAUGCCACGACAACGGGUGGAGGUGCUGCUAAUGAUCCAGCUUCUAACCCAUUUGCAGCUUUACUUGGGAACCAGGGUGCUGCUACUCAAACUCCUGCUGCAACAGGCGCAGAAACAACUCCAGGAUCUGCAGCUCCUAAUUCAAACCCACUUCCCAACCCUUGGGGUGGUACUACUGGUGGUGUCCAGGCAAACGCUGGUACAAGAGCGCCAAAUGUAUCUGGGUUAGGUGGUCUUGGUUUACCAGGGUUAGACCGCCCUUCUGGAAUGCCGGACAUGAGUCAGCUAAUGCAAAACCCGGCUGUUUCUCAGAUGAUGCAAAGCUUGCUUUCAAACCCCCAGUAUAUGGAACAGGUUAUUGGCCAAAACCCUCAACUACGCAGCAUGUUCGAUUCUAACCCUCAGUUAAGAGAAAUGAUGCAAAAUCCAGAAGUACUACGCCAGUUAACUUCACCUCAGAUGAUGCAGCAAAUGAUGUCUUUACAGCAGCUUCUACCUCAGCUUAACCAGCAACAAUCAACUUUGGAUCCUACCCAGACUGGUGCUGCUACAGGAACACCUAACAAUAUGGGGCUGGACAUGUUGAUGAAUAUGUUUGGUGGGCUUGGAGGUGCAGGAUUGACUGUUCCAAAUGUGCCUGAUGUGCCACCAGAAGAACUUUAUGCGACUCAACUAUCACAACUUCAAGAGAUGGGGUUCUUUGAUACGCAAGAGAAUAUUAGGGCGCUACGUGCUACUUCUGGAAAUGUUCAUGCUGCUGUCGAGAGACUCUUGGGAAACUUUGGUCAGUGAUGUGGUGUUAAAAGACAGCCAAGCUUCUAAUAUGAGUCAGUAUUAAAGUAUUCUUUGUAGACAAAGGGAGGCUUGUGAAUUUUCUUUCGAAGGGGGUUGGUGCACAGUGUGAAUAAUGGACAUAUGAACUAGAAAGAAUGCUUGUGUUGCACUGUUGAAACCGGCCUCCUUUUGCAAACCUUUUUGUUGUUUGCUGUACAAUCCGAUUUGAUAGUUCAUUGAUGUUUUCUGAUGUUCCUAUAAAGAUUACUCAUGUAUGCAUCUAUAAAAUUGACAUGCGGCUUA